CCGCGGGCACUUCCUCCAACCGCGGCGAGCACGAGCGCGAGCCUGCGCGUCGUCAUCGCCUCCCCCAACUUCUUCUUCUUCUUCCUCGUCGUCGUCGCCGCCGUCCUCUUCUCCUCCUUCGCGUUGUUUUCGUUCUUCGGCUCGUGGCGAUGCUCGGUGCCGGUACCGGAGUCGGUCCGCUCGCGCUGCGCGUGCUCGCGCUCGCUGGCCGCCCUGCUCACCUGCGGCGCGAGGCGCGUACGCGGCAGCAACAUCCUCCUCAUCGUCACCGACGACCAGGACCAAAACCUGGGCGGCAUGACACCAAUGAAGAAGACGAAAUCUCUGAUCGGAGACGCCGGAGCGACCUUCGUCAACUCGUUCACGGUGACGCCGUUGUGCUGCCCGAGCCGCUGCAGCAUCCUGACGGGCCGCUACCCUCACAACCACCUGGUGAGGAACAACUCGCUGGCCGGGAACUGCGCCAGCGCGGCGUGGCGGAGCGGAGGCGAGGCCCAGGCGUUCCCCGUUUUCCUCAGCAAGCGCCGCUACCAGACCUUCUUCGCCGGGAAGUACCUCAACCAGUACGGCAAGAAAGAGGCGGGCGGCGUCGGCCAUGUUCCGCCAGGCUGGGACCAGUGGCACGCGCUGGUGGGCAACUCUCGCUACUACAACUACAGUCUGUCCCGAAACGGGGUCGAGGAGAAGCACGGCGACAACUACACCGACAACUACCUCACAGAUCUCAUCGCCGAGCGCUCUCUUCGCUUCCUGGACAACCGCAGCCCUCAGCGGCCGUUCUUCUUGAUGCUGGCGCCGCCCGCGCCGCACUGGCCCUGGACCGCCGCCCCGCAGUACCGGAAACGCUUCGACGACGUCAAAGCGCCCCGAGACGGAAGCUUCGACAAGACGGCCAAGGACAAACACUGGUUGCUGCGGCAGCCCGCCAACCCCAUGCCCGACAGCACGCUCGCCUUCCUGGACGACGCCUACCGCAGGAGGUGGCGGACGCUGCUGUCGGUGGACGACCUGGUGGAGAAGUUGGUGAGGAAGCUGGAGGAGCUGAAGGAGCUCAACGACACGUACGUCUUCUUCACGUCAGACAACGGCUACCACACAGGUCAAUUCUCGCUGCCCAUCGACAAGCGUCAACUGUACGAGUUCGACAUCCGCACGCCGCUGCUGGUCCGCGGUCCCGGCGUCAAAGCCAACACCACGCUCAAGGCUCCCGUGCUGAACAUUGACCUGGCGCCGACCAUUCUGGACAUCGCCGGCGUCAACGUGUCGGCCGCCGACGUGGACGGGCAGUCCUUCCUGUCUCUGAUGGCGCCGUCGUUGCGCAACGGCUCCGCGCGUCCUUUCUUCCUGGUGGAGCACACGGGCGAGGGGCUGUCCAGCGCCGACCCCGCCUGCCCCAAACUGGGCCCCGGCCUCUCGCAAUGUUUCCCCGACUGCGUGUGCGAGGACUCGUUCAACAACACGUACGCUUGCGUCAGGACGCUGGACGGACGCGACGACAUGCAGUACUGCGAGUUCGCCGACAGCGAGUCGUUUGUGGAGGUGUACGACCUGAGCUCGGACCCCCACCAGCUGGAGAACAUCGUGAAGAAGGUGGACCCGGCCGUGCUGGAGACCAUGAACCAGCGCCUCAUCAAGCUCCAGUCGUGCCGGGGCGCAGGAUGCCGCGCCCUCUCCACGUGAGGCUUCGAAGCGGCCAAUCACGCAGGAAAUCUUUCGCGCCGUCUCAUUUUGGGGUCGACCAGACGGUGAGACGUGACUUCUUCUUCACUUUAAAAGCAGCUGGACCAAAGGCGCCAUUUUGAUUCGCUCCAGCAUCGACCCGUUUUUGUCUUUGAGCGACAGUACUUCCUGUCUUUCGCCUGGCAAAAGUGCGGCCCGCUUCCUGUGUAGUCCCUGAAUGCACCACGAGAGCGAUUCUUGUUUUCUGUGCUCAAUCACUCCUUUUCUUUUUUUUUUUUUUUUUUUAAUGAAUAAAUUGGAUUUUUUUUGUGAAAUUGAAACCCCGCUAUUACAAUUUUAUAAUAGUGAAAAUCCACAAGUAAUUGACGCCCGCUCAAAAAGACGGCAGCAAAGCGAUACGUUUCUAUCAAACAAAACUAUGGCCUGACUAAAUGAAACACCUCCUGUCAUUUCAACGUAAUUGCAAUUUUCGAUGCGACACGGCUCCGCCCUCCGCACGAGAAGCGGGAAUGGGCGAGUUUUUCAGCCAAUAACGGAGGAUAGGUUCCCAAAGAAUCUGCGUAAUGGCAAAAACGAGGGCUGCGUUUACUGAAAGUGUCAAAAUCAAAUGGAAAGUCACAACUGUGGACUGGCUACAUGCUAAGCUAAGCGCCACUUAUUUUUUCACUUUUCAAAGCAGCUGAACCAAAGCCUCCAUUUUGUCUUUUUCGGCCCGAUGUUGGAGCGAUCCUGGUGUUGCUCGACAAUGACUCCUUGUUUAUUUUCCCGAUUUAGGAAUCGCAAUUAUUGUUGUGAAAGCUUCACUCGCUAAAUCACUUGAAUUCCUCAUAACUGAUUUAAUGCUUCAUGCUAAGCUAACUAGCUUAGCCUGCUGACAGGCAUGUAUAUGAAAUGGAAUUUUGUUGUGUUGGAGAUUUUUUUUUUUUUCCAAACCAUGUCAUCUCUGUCCCUUAUUCACUUUUUUUAAAUCAUAUUUAAAAACAAAUGGAACUACAUCAGUUUGAAUUCUUUUGGUGUUAUUUGUAGCAGUUGUUUGCACUACAGAGACCCUCGAUGUGAAUGUUUGUCCAGUGAUCAAUGAAAAGAAAUUAAAAGCAGCCUUUGUCGUGUUCA